GUCGUAUGCUUAUCUCCACCGGCAUCCACUACCCUCGCGCCACUCCCCAGCCUCCAGACAAGCAGCAGGAGUUGAUUCGUACUCUCUACUUAGGCCUAAAAAUGUCAGCAAUUUCGUGAAUGUUGAUUCCAUUUUUGGUCCGGUGAGACAAAUGUUGAUUGCGAUUCUAAGUGAAUCUGAACUGAAGUUGUCAGAUGAAAUGAUUGAAGGGAUACUUUGUAAGGCAUUCAAAGAAGCCGAUGUAGAUCUAGAAGGAAAGAUUUGUAGAUCUGAAUGGCAUCAAUUUACAUCCAAAAAUACCCAAUUGUUGAAAAGAAUGACUCUCCAAUAUCUCAAGCUUCUCGACCUUUCUCCUCUGCUCUCAGCUUCGAGAGGAGAAGUUGAGAAUGAAUGCAUGUCAGCUGCACUAGGGAGUCGAGCAGUGAGGGAGCCAAGAGUUGUAGUCAAACAACAAGUGAUAUUGAUUUCUUAGAUGAUGGAUAUAGAUGGAGAAAAUAUGGCCAGAACGUGGUUAAGGGAAAUCCUGAUCCAAGGUUUUUUACAGGCUGCUUUCUGGUGAAGUUUUGCUUCUCCUACAUUGUUGUCCUGCUGCACUGUGGCUUUGCUUCUGCUGCAAUGUUGUUUUGGUUCAUCUGUGUGCUCCUGUUGUGUCUUUGGCCUGCUGCUGCUGCUGCUGGGGUUCUACUGCUUUGUGGCCUUGCUGUUUUUUUUGGCCUGCCGGUGCUGCUUUGUUUUUCUUAGCCAUUUUGUUGUUGUUUUGCUGGUUGUGUAUGUCAGUUAGGGAUGCGGGGUGUGCUCCCCUAACUGAGGUCUUUGCUUCUUUGUUUUGGAUUUUAAGUUUUUACUUCCUUUUGCUCAUUAGUUGCAAUAAAAUGAUUUAAAGUUCA